AUCGGGGUGAAGUUGGUCGGCCAGCACAGUGUUGGUGUUGGCUGCUGUAGUGGAAGGAGUUGUGUCUUGAAACCAGAAUACGACACUGACAGAACUCAUACGGCUGGGAGUUGUAGAGAAUGUUUGCUGGAUAUGAGGCACUGGAAGAGUAUGAAGAUGAGCUCUACCGGGAGGCAGAGGACUCCAGUGAAUCAGGACCAGACAGUGAAGCGGAGUUCCAGCUGUACAGCCAAGUACACUAUUCCAUGAAGCUGGACGAGCCAGGAUCAGACGACAGAGAAAAAGAGACAAAUCGGCCCUCUGCUGCAACAUUGCUGGAGAAGAGGAAUGACAUCAUUGUCAUCUCCGAUAGCGAACCCAUCCUUAUUUCUGAUGCAGCGGAGGUCGUCAUAGUAUCGGAUGAAACUGAUCAAGACAGUGUCUGCAAUAUCAAAGGAAAGCAAGGGCCAAUUUCCAAGACUGCCAAGAGGAGGUCGUUGAAUGGGCAGACUCUGCUGGAGUCCUACAGUUGCAGUGAGAGGACACCAAGCUCCAAACCCUUCAGGCUGAGAGAUGCCAUCACGAUGAGCACAGGCCUCAAUAGUUUUCGAGAGAGUGUGAUAGUGGAGAAGAGCAGGAAAUACCAGGAUGGGGAAACAUCAGACAGCGAUGAUUCGGACUGCGUGGAGAGCUGGAUGAUUCUAGGGAGGGACAAUCAGGAUGGUGACAACACCAUCCUGCUCAAUCUGGAUGAGAGCAGCACUUCAGAAAACGAAGCAGGGGCAGCUGAUAACAAAUGGACCAUCUCACAGCAGGAUACUGAGGCCCAGAUUUCAAAUCAGGCACGCAGAAUCAGACUCCGUAGCCGAUAUUACACAACAGACAGGAACGUAACCUGUAGAAAUUGUAACAAACAUGGCCAUCUAUCCAAAAACUGUCCUACCCCCAAGAAGGCUCCUGUGUGUAGUAUGUGUGCGGUCAGGGGACACCUGCAGCACUCCUGUCCGGACAGAUACUGUACAAACUGUUACAUGCCUGGACAUUGCUACAACAAGUGCAUCGAGAGGGCCUACUGGCACAAACAGUGUCGCCGCUGCGGGAUGACUGGCCACUUUGCAGAUGCUUGCCCGGACAUCUGGAGGCAGUAUCACCUAACGACCCGGUCAGGACCUCUCAUCAUGCCAGAUGCCAAGAGCGAGAAGAAAACCCCAGCUUACUGCCACAACUGCUCUCGAAAAGGACAUCAUGGAUAUGAGUGCUCCCAAAGGCGGAUGUUUAAUGAGACUUUUCCAACUGUACCAUAUAUAUGCUACUACGAUACAGAGAAGGACAUCAAGGGGCGAAAUCAUAGAAUUCAAAGAAAAGUAGAAGAGCUUAAAGAGGCUGGCCUUUUAGAUCACAUUCAAUUGACCCACUCUGUGCCACAACUGCCAAAGAAAGGAAGAAAGGCGAAGGAAGAAAGAAAGAAGCGAGGUAGGUCUAAGCCUCAGAAAGAAAAGAAGAAUCUGCCCAUGAAGAAAACCUGGCCAGAUAAGCGCAAGCAAAAGAGACUGAAGGGCAAAAUGAAGAAAAAUUUCCAGGUGAUAGAGGAGGACUUGCCGAGAGGCCCUAAGAUGCCACUCAAUUUAGGACACAGCCACUCAAAGAAAAAGUUUGAAAGAGCAGCCUUGUUCCGCCACAUGAAGAACCAAGGUGAUGAGUUUAAUGAAAAACACAAGAACCUCAAGGUAAAGAAAAAGGGCAGCUCUCAUGACGACAGCUUUGCUGUGGAUGACAGCCUGUUCCUGAUAAAACAGAGAAACAAGAACCGGAAAAGAUAAAAAGAGACGUCCUAUGGAUUUUACCAAAAAGAAUAUGACUUCAAAACACUAUUAGUAAUUAUUAAAAGCUAGUAGAGUGAAAAUGUCAAUUUGAUCACAUUUGAGCAGUCUUGUUUUUCAAACAGUUUUAAUUUUUGUGCAAGUGUACUAGAAAACCCAAUAAAAAAAGUAAGAAAAAGUUUAAAAACCCUGUUUGUUUUCAUCAGUAAGAAACAAAAACAUAGACAGGAAGUGCAAUCUGCUUAACCUUUGAUUGUAUGCUAGCACAUUUACAUUCUCCUGUAUAUGCUUGUGCUUGAAUCAUUCUUUCUGCAUUUUAAAACCAAAAAUAAAUGUUUAUUUUUUUCUUUUAAUUUCUUUCCAAUUC